AUGCCGCAGAUAUUUCGGCAAUACACGUACGACGACUCAUUUCUAAAGGUGUUCGUGGACAGCAACCUGGCGAGCGAGUACCAGAUCGCUCUGAUAUUCGCCAGAGACUACGACGAGCUCAAUUCUCCAACCAAUGGAAUUUUCAAUAUCUUCUGGGACAAAACCAAAGUCACUCCUUCUUCCAUCCUUCAGUUCAGAGAACGCCUUCCCGUCAACGUUAAGCUCAAAGUCUUCAUCUCCAUUGGCGAUCGCGACGUUAACUUCCGCCUCCGCCCUCUCGACACCCAGUCAUGGAUCUCCAACGCCACUAACUCGCUCACAAGCAUCAUCCGAGACGAACUCUACGCCCUAACCCUACACCAAAUCGAAUUUGGACUCGACGUCUUCUAUGAACACAUCGAUGACUCCGUCGAACCAAACGGAUUCGCUCAGUGCAUGGGCCAGCUUAUCAAGAACCUCAAGGCCGCGAAAGUCAUAACCGCCGCUUCCAUUUCGCCGUCGGCCAGUCUUAGCGAAGACUAUUACUCCUUGCUGAAUCGAAGGUUCUGCAACUAUAUAGAUUUGGUGGAUUAUCAGUUUCAGAAUGAGAUAACUUCUGUGGACAGUCUUGUCCUCUUGGAGGAACGGUUCAGUGCUGUUUCCAAGGUUUAUCCCCAGAGGAAGCUUCUCGCCGGGUACAGUGCCGAGAACGAGGAUUGGACUAAUCUCUCGCCCAUUGUCUUCUUCUUGUUUGGUUACAACCUCUUCAAGAAGAAAGAAGUUGCGGGUUUCUCCAUUCUCUACCAUGAUUUUGUGAAUCCUAUUCCUUCGCCGUCAUCGGACUCGCCCCCUUGA